GGAACCAGAAGACAGCACUGUUGAGGGAGUCCGAUCGCCCUUGGCAUGGAGCUGUUGCUAACUGUGCUCCCUCCGCCCUCCUCCUUGUCCUUUCUCAAGCUCCCCGAAUCACCCUCCCCCUCUCAUUCCUCCCUUGCCUCUGUCCCUUUCUCCUCCCCUUCUUUGUCUCUUUCUCACCCACUCCACGACGGGAUGUCGUCACAACCGCCUCUCCAGGGCGAUGGGCCGUUUCCCCCGGCCGGCCAUGCGGUUGCGCGGCCGUCCCCUCAGAUCCCCCCAUUCAUUGCUGGCCCGGCUCCAGAGCGCGUGCAUGCGAUGCGACUUGAGGCCCUGAAAAACCGAAGCUCGGCCCGGUAUCACAUCCGCCCGAACCCCCCGCGCGCCGAUGUCAUCGCCCGCAAAGACCUUCCCCAGCCCCUGCUAGCCAGUGUAUUCAGUGCCAUUGAUCCGCUGAAUAAUGCCUGCUCGACGGCCGGCAAAUCCGCCGUUCGGUCAUAUUCCGAGGCCAUUGCCACCGCGGUCCACUCGCCGACCGAUGACCUUUUCCGGACGGUAAACAGUGCCCGCGUGUGUGUCGAGCAUUCUGAGAAGACACAGCGCUCCACCGGGCCUCUGGCCGAUCGUUUCUCCGGUGCCACCAACGACCUAAAUCACUCGCAAGAGGCGGUGAAUGACCUGUCGCAAAUCGACAACUUCCGCCGGGUGCAAACGCUCAUCAGCACGUCGACCAACCUGAUGCGAAAGAUCGCCGCGCGCGAAGCCCAACGGAUCAACGAAUUGAAUGCCGCGCGAGUGGGACGGUCGGCCUCGAUGGCCGCGCGCUCGGUGUUGGCCACCGGGCAGACUGCCCCGGUGGCGCCGGCUGCCCCGGUGGCGCCGGCUGCCACGGCUGCGGUGCCUGCUCCGUCCACUGUGUCUGCGCCUGCGCCUGCCGUGACGCCUGUGCCUGCUGCUGCGACCGCGCCGUCUUCCACGGCCGCACCCAUCCCGGAGGCUGCCAUGGUCUCGAGUGCCCCUCAGCCCGAGGAGACGAUGACCUCUUUCGGGGCUGGGGCCCAAGAGUCUCCCUCGCACUCGGGAACAUGCACACCGCAACAGCAGCCGGCGGUGGCUGGGAGUUCCGAGACCCAGGCCACCAUGCCCUCGGAAUAGUCGUCGUCCCCCCUCCUGGCUCCGCCCCCCCCCCCUUUGUUCCUUCCCAUUCGAGCCCCCGCUUGGCCCGCUCAAUGUGCCUCAUUUGUGGGUCUUCACGGCCGCAGCCAUUCCUCUGUGCCGCCGGUCCUCCUCUUCUCAAUACACUCCCCUGCACGAUGAAAAGCCCCGGCGCGAUGAGCACGUAUCGUGAGCAGCGGCCCUUCUCA